ACACAAAAAAGCUAUAAAACCCCAAACCCAAACCCCUGGUUCCCGACCCCUAAAAAAUGGCCGAUCCCUUCCUCGACCACCACCCACCGCCGCCGCCACCAUCUCUGCCGCAGAAUCCGAAUACGUCGACGGAGAACAUGGCGGAGGAAUUCAAUUCCCAACUCCCAACCCCUCCCCUCGAUCCUCUUUUUUUCGAUCAAAAUCCUGACAACUUUGACGUUCUAGAUCUGUCCUCUAAUUUCGACGAUAUUUCCGAUUUUGACAUCACCUUUGAUGAUCUCCCUGACCUCUACUUACCUCACGAGAACGAACAGUUCUUAAUCCCCAACAACAACACAGUCAACCCUGAUCCGGGUCAACCCGAUAAUAACCUAGAUCUUCAACCGGGUCCCUUUGAAGGUUGUUUUGGGGAUUUUGCUUCUAAUACGGUCAAUUUGGAGUCGACCGACUCGGGUGGACCCGGGACUUGUGGCGAUCAUGGCGGGUUGGAGGUUGAUAAGUAUCUUAAUCCGUCGCCGUCCGAGGCUGAGAGUUGUGAUUCGGGUGGUUCUGAUUAUCGGAGCUCGGUCUUGAGUCCGGUGUCGUCUCAUGGGUCUCAGAAUUCCGGGUCGGGUGUGUUGAAUGCUGGUUCGCCGGAAUCAGGUACGAAUGUUAAUCCCUGUAAUUUUGUUGUUGAUAAAAAAUUUGUGAAAACUGAAACUGAAAGUGCGAAGAAGCGGAAAAGUGCUAAAAUUGCGGUAGCUAAGAGGAAAAAAGAAAUGGGUGAUGAAGAAAAUGGAGAGACUAUGCGGAACUUGAAGUCCCGGAAAGCGGAGAGUGAGAAUGUGAGUGUUAAUGUUAGUGGGAGUACGAGUUUGAGUGGAGAAGAGGACAGGAGGAAGGCGAGGUUAAUGAGGAAUCGUGAAAGUGCACAGUUGUCUAGGCAAAGAAAGAAGCAUUAUGUUGAGGAAUUAGAAGAUAAGGUGAGAAUGAUGCAUUCCACGAUAGCUCAAUUGAAUGGUAAAGUUUCCUAUUUUAUGGCUGAAAAUGCCACUUUACGACAACAAUUGAGUGGAAACGGUGCAUGUCCGCCACCAAUGUAUGCGCCCAUGGCGCCUUAUCCCUGGGUGCCGUGUGCACCUUAUGUUGUUAAGCCACAAGGGUCUCAAGUGCCAUUGGUUCCUAUUCCUAGGUUGAAGCCACAACAGACUGUGCCAGUGGCAAAGCCUAAGAAGGUUGAGAGUAAGAAAGGGGAGGGGAAAACUAAGAAGGUUGCCAGUGUUAGUUUGUUUGGUUUCUUGUUUUUUAUUUUGUUGUUCCGUUGUUUGGUUCCGAUCGUGGAUGUUAAGUUUGGAGGAGUCAGAGAGGGUGGGAUGGGUGGGCUUGGUUUUGUUAGUGAGAAGUUUUAUGAUCAGCAUAAAGGAAGGGUUUUGAUUGUUGAUGGGCACACAAAUGGGUCGCAUGAGAAGGUCGGUGUUGGAUAUUCUAAUUAUAGAAGACAUUGUGAGAGAGGUCAUAAUGGCUGUCUGGAGCAUGAUUCUGCAAAUAAAGGAGCUUCUGAGCGUUUACCUGGAUCCGAUGAAUUUGGUCAGUUUGGUAAUGCCAGUGAACACCUCGUUGCGUCCUUGUACGUACCAAGAAAUGAUAAGCUUGUGAAGAUAGAUGGAAACUUGAUAAUUCAUUCUGUUCUGGCAAGCGAGAGACCUAUGGCCGCUCACGAGAGUCCUGAAGUGAAUAUCACAAAGGAGACGGCACUGGCUAUUCCUGGUGUUGGUAAUAAUAGAGGGAGACAUUCUCAUGUGUAUAGAACUCAUACCGAGCGACAGAAGGCGCUUGAUUCUGGAUCUGCUGACACCUCAAAGGACAAUUUGAAGUCAUCCGCUGCUAAAGGUAAACUGCAGCAGUGGUUCCGUGAAGGCCUUGCAGGGUCAUUGUUGAGUCAUGGUAUGUGCACUGAAGUUUUCCAGUUUGAUGUCUCACCUGCACCAGGAGCCAUAGUUCCUGCUUCCUCAGUUGCCAAUAUGACAGCAGAGCGCCAACAGAAUAAUUCUACUCACCUCAAGAAGGGGAACAAUAGAAGGAUCCUCCGUGGCCUGCCAAUUCCUCUUCCGGGAUCUGAUCUCAAUAUUACUGGAGAACAUGUUGGAAGGAACACCCAGAAAGAGAACUUUCAUGGCAAUAAAUCGGUUUCUCCAAUGGUUGUCUCUGUCCUCGUUGAUCCCAGAGAGUCCAGCGACAGGGAGGUUGAUGGCGUGAUCACCCCGAAGUCACUUUCUCGGAUUUUUGUCGUGGUGCUCUUAGACAGCAUAAAAUAUGUAACUUAUUCAUGCGUGCUUCCGAGCGCUGGUCCUCUCCUACACCUGGUGACAACUUGAGGAUGGAAAGCAGUUGGGAUUAUUUUAAACUUUACCCAACUUCAGCUCCCAGUUUUGUAAACAGGAGAAUACCAUUAUUUGUAUCCACUUUAACCUCCUUGUGUACUCUUAAACUUAUUUAUUAUCACUAACAUAUACUUAUCAUGACUGUACUGUUCUUAUAAAUGGUUGAGAAUCCGAUCCACAAUCUUGUAACACCUUCAAUUGGUUUGUGAAUCACUCUUAUUCAUCCUGAUUUGCUCA